GCGGAGAGGUUGGAAAGCAGAUAAGGAUUCUUAGGCGAGGAGCUACCGCAUCCCCUGGCUUCAAGUGAGCGUCGUAUCCGAAGCUGAACGCAGCUUGGAUCCAGCGAGAGGAAGAUGCUCAAGGUGUCAGCCGUGUUGUGUGUGUGUGCAGCCGCUUGGUGCAGUCAGGCUCUCGCAGCUGCCGCGGCUGUGGCUGCGGCCGGGGGGCGGUCGGACGGCGGUAAUUUUCUGGAUGAUAAACAAUGGCUCACCACAAUCUCUCAGUAUGACAAGGAAGUCGGACAGUGGAACAAAUUCCGAGACGAAGUAGAGGAUGAUUAUUUCCGCGCGUGGAGUCCAGGAAAACCCUUCGAUCAGGCUUUAGAUCCAGCUAAAGAUCCAUGCUUAAAGAUGAAAUGUAGUCGCCAUAAAGUAUGCAUUGCUCAAGAUUCUCAGACUGCAAUCUGCAUCAGUCACCGGAGGCUUACACACAGUGUGAAAGAAGCAGGAGUAAGCCAUAAGCAAUGGCGGGGUCCCAUAUCAUCCACCUGCAAGCAGUGCCCAAUGAUUCAUACCAACCCAGUUUGUGGUUCAGAUGGUCACACUUACGCCUCUCAGUGCAAACUAGACUAUCAAGCAUGUGUCUUUGGAAAACACAUCUCCGUCAAAUGCGACGGACAUUGUCCAUGUCCUUCAGAUAAAUCCGCAAGUACAAGCAGAAAUGUUAAGAGAGCAUGUAGUGACCUGGAGUUCAGGGAAGUGGCAAACAGAUUGCGGGACUGGUUCAAGGCUCUGCAUGAGAGUGGAAGCCAAAACAAGAAGCCAAAAACGUUGCUGAGGCCGGAGAGAAGCAGAUUUGAUACCAGUAUUUUGCCAAUUUGCAAGGAUUCACUUGGCUGGAUGUUUAACAGGCUUGAUACAAACUAUGACCUGCUAUUGGACCAGUCAGAACUUGGAAGCAUUUACCUUGAUAAGAAUGAGCAGUGUACCAAGGCAUUCUUCAAUUCCUGUGACACAUACAAGGACAGUUUGAUAUCUAACAAUGAGUGGUGCUACUGCUUUCAGAGACAGCAAGACCCACCUUGCCAGACGGAGCUCAGCAAUAUGCAGAAGCGGCAAGGGGUAAAGAAGCUCCUAGGACAGUACAUUCCUCUGUGUGAUGAAGAUGGUUAUUACAAGCCAACACAGUGCCACGGUAGUGUUGGGCAGUGCUGGUGUGUUGACAGAUAUGGAAAUGAAGUCAUGGGAUCCAGAACAAAUGGUGUUGCGAAUUGUGCUAUUGAUUUUGAGAUCUCUGGAGAUUUUGCAAGUGGAGAUUUUCAUGAAUGGACUGAUGAUGAGGAUGAAGAUGAAAUUAUGAAUGAUGAAGAUGAAAUUGAAGACGAUGAUGAAGAUGAAGGGGAUGAUGAUGAUGGUGGUGAUGACCAUGAUGGAUACAUUUGAUUGACAACAGAUGAGAUCAAUAAAUUCUACAUUUCUAAUAUUUACAAAGUGAUAGCCUAUUGAGAAUUACCUUCUUGCCCCCCAAAAUAAUUAUUCUAAACCUCACAUAUAUUUUAUAUAAUUAUUUCAAUAUUGCAGCUAAAGUCGUAGAAGUUUAUGUUUAAAUAAGAAUAAUUUACUUUCAGUUUUCACAUGCCUUACAGAAAAAGAAAACAUAUAUGGAGUCUAGGCAGGCCAAAAAAUGUUAUGAAGAGCUACUACUAUAAAAUUCUCCUAAGAACAAACUUUAUAAAUCUCUCACAAACAAAAUGUCGUCCAGUGCUUAGGACUGUAGGUAUUAUUUUUCUGAAAGAUAGUCUAAGUUAAGUUUAUAAUAAUUUAUUAGUUACCUGGACCCCAGGGAUUUCAUAAAAUUAUACGUGACCUUAAUUAUAAUUCCAAAGUAGCAUCUUCUCAAACUUAGAGUGAAUCAGAUAAAGUGAGAGACACUCCAUUGUACGGAAAACAAAGUGACAAUUGUAGAUCCUCUAUUGUGUUUAUAUUAAUAAUGAUGUUUUAAAUUAUGAAAUUAUUCUAAAUAAGAUAGGACAUUUUACAAAAUGGCAAGUAUGGAAAACCAUGGAUUCUGAAAGAUUAAAAUUUAG